CCCCGCGGGGCCCGGAGCCCCCGCCGGGACCAUGAAGCUCCUGAGGAAGGACAUCGAGAAGGACAACGCGGGCCAGGUGACCCUGGUGCCCGAGGAGCCCGAGGACAUGUGGCACACCUACAAUCUGGUGCAGGUGGGCGACAGCCUGCGCGCCUCCACCAUCCGCAAGGUGCAGACCGAGUCCUCCACGGGCAGCGUGGGCAGCAGCCGCGUGCGCACCACGCUCACCCUGUGCGUGGAGGCCAUCGACUUCGACUCGCAGGCCUGCCAGCUGCGGGUGAAGGGCACCAACAUCCAGGAGAACGAGUACGUGAAGAUGGGCGCCUACCACACCAUCGAGCUGGAGCCCAACCGCCAGUUCACGCUGGCCAAGAAGCAGUGGGACAGCGUGGUGCUGGAGCGCAUCGAGCAGGCCUGCGACCCCGCCUGGAGCGCCGACGUGGCGGCCGUGGUCAUGCAGGAGGGCCUGGCGCACGUCUGCCUGGUCACGCCCAGCAUGACCCUCACGCGCGCCAAGGUGGAGGUGAACAUCCCGCGGAAGCGCAGGGGCAACUGCGCGCAGCACGACCGCGCCCUGGAGCGCUUCUACGAGCAGGUGGUGCAGGCCAUCCAGCGCCACAUCCACUUCGACGUGGUCAAGUGCAUCCUGGUGGCCAGCCCGGGCUUCGUGCGGGAGCAGUUCUGCGACUACAUGUUCCAGCAGGCCGUGAAGACGGACAACAAGGUGCUCCUGGAAAACCGGCCCAAGUUCCUGCAGGUGCACGCCUCGUCCGGACACAAGUACUCCCUGAAGGAGGCCCUUUGCGACCCAACGGUGGCCAGCCGCCUUUCGGACACCAAAGCCGCUGGGGAGGUGAAAGCCUUGGACGACUUCUAUAAAAUGUUACAGCACGAACCCGACCGAGCCUUCUAUGGGCUCAAGCAGGUGGAGAAGGCCAACGAGGCCAUGGCCAUCGACACGCUGCUCAUCAGCGACGAGCUCUUCCGGCAUCAGGACGUGGCCACCCGGAGCCGGUACGUGCGGCUGGUGGACAGCGUGAAGGAGAAUGCGGGCACCGUCAGGAUAUUCUCCAGCCUGCACGUCUCCGGGGAACAGCUCAGCCAGCUCACCGGAGUGGCUGCCAUUCUCCGCUUCCCGGUGCCCGAACUCUCCGACCAAGAGGAUGACUCCAGUUCUGAAGAAGAUUAGCGACGGGAGCUUACAACUGAGACAGCCGUGUGCCUCCUUGAUUGCUACCUUUCCUCAGCAUCCGUGUGGCGGAGAGAGCAGCACGUUGUGAUUCUUACAGGGACCGGUCACACUAGGUAGUCUGUGGCUGGCAGGACGUGUUUAAAACUAAACAAUAAAUUAAAGGGAAAUAAUGCCCAUGUGCUACCAUUUUUAUUAAUUAGGAUAAUUUUAUCUAGGAAUUAUGAGUUGUUUGCAGUACUUAGAAACAUUCUGUGUAUUUAAUAAGAAUCCCUAGAUCUAUUUUGGGGGCUAGAUCAUAAAAUCCCAUAGUUCAUGCUUUCAAGUAGUUUUCCUUAGGAAAAGCAUUUACUGUUUCACCAUCCUCGGUUUACAUUGUUUGAUUUCUGCAUAGUGUUCUUGCACUGUGUUUAUGAUUCCUUUCUCCCCACUUGCCUUACACUCCUUUAAAAAAAAAAUUUGCUAUUUUAAAUGAUAGCCAAAUAGCAGACUAUUUUUGGAGACAAGUUUAAAAUGUUUUUUUCCUUAAGAGACUUGUUAAACCAAUCAUGUAAAAAUGAAACUCUUGGGUUUCCUUGAAUUAAUCAUAUUUGCAUCAGAGGACCUCCUAACUAGUUCUUUUUAGAUCAUAGAUCUUUGAUCUGCUUGGGAUUGUCAAGGUCAUCUAUCUGUGGUGCCCUUAUUUUUACAGUGAGACUACCGUGUGUGAUUUGCUGUUAGAGGGAUUUGCUGUUAGAGGACUAAUUAGUGGCAAAGCUGGAAGGAGUCCCCAGGCUGGACCCUUUCUUUGCACUGCCACACUGUGUAUUUAUUUUUUGGCCUGUCAUAGUUACACUUAAUGCUGUUUCUGUGUGUUUUCAUGUUGUUACUGGACUUUCUCUACAGCCUAUUUUAUGAAGUUUUUUUGAGCAUUAAGGAGGGACUCUUGGAAUGGAAAUGCAGCUCGAUUGCAGCUUGACCUUUUAUAAUCCACAUCUUAGCAAUAAUUAGGAAAAGCCUUACGAAGAAAGAGUGAUAGUUUGUUUGUAACUCCAGGAUCAGGGGCAGUGGUGCCUACUUCAAGUACAGAUGGAUACUAAGUAAACCUUUGAUUAUCAGAGGCUGGGUCUUUCUGCUGGUGUAACAGGUUUUGGGGAUUAUUUUUUAUAAACUUCCCAACUAAUCAGAACAUUUUAUUUGUAAUUAGGAAUAGAUACCUCCAAAUGCUUUAAAGUCACAUAUUUACAUGUCUACAUCCUAAUAUAAAAAUAAGUCAGAUUAUCAUUUCAUUGUAAUUCCAUGAAUAUUUAACUUUAAAAUGUAUUAAAAGUAUGUUAUUAAAUAACUUGGUAGGAGUGUAUAAACAAAGCCACCAAGGUUAUUAACUUUAGAACUCAAUUGACAAUGAACCCUAUUCUCAGAAAGAAUCUGGAGAUUUGGGGCAUCUGUUGCUCUAUCUGUGCAGUACUGGUCCUUCUUAGCUCUGUAAUCUCCAGUCACAGAACCCAGGGGGAAGAAAGCCUAGGAUAAUCUGACCAACCCACUUUAGGCCAUAGGUUCUCAAAUUUAGCUGCUUGGGAGUUUUGAAAACUCAAUAACCAGAUUGGACCUUGGACUCUCUAGCCUUUCACCCCUAGAAAUGCUGUUUUGGUUUUUUAAAAGCUCUCCAGGUGAUUCCAGUAGGCAUCAAGGCCGAGAACCACUGAUUCAGGCCUUGCUAUUCAGGUGUAAUCCCUGGGCCAGUAGCACCUCCUGAGAGACUUCCAGAAAUUGGAAUCCAGGUCUACCCCACCCGACCUGCUGAGCUGCAAUCUAUUUUAGGACAUCUCCACUUGAUUGCUGUGCAUAACGGUCUAUAAAACUUUAAAAGAAAGCAUGUUUUUAUGUCUAUAAAGUAUUUAAACUAGCUUUAAGAAUUCCUAUUUUUAAAAAGAUACAUUUUAUACCAUUACCAAGAAUUUAAACCUUCCUAGAUGCAUAGGUAGAAAUGUCAAAAUAGUGAUAGGAGCGUAUAAAAUAAAAAUUAAUUCUAGUAAUUAUUUGUUACUCUUCUCUAAAGAGCAAAAUGAACCCAAAUUGUUUGGAAAUUGUGCUCAUCAGUCUAAUUCCAGCUGCUGUUCCUGAGUAAGGAAAGAUCAUGUGACAAAUGGAAACACCAGCAGUAACACACCUCAGAAUAAUGCAGUGUUGUACUGUAACUUUCCACUUACCGUCAGGUCCUUGUAGAGAAAGAUUUGAUACCCCCACUGGGCACAGUAAAUGAGAAGCUUGCAAAUUUGUUUCCUCUUACCCUAGAUGUGAUACAUAUCAAAUUACAUUUUGCUGUUCCUGGUCAGCCAUUUAUAUGUUAAACAUUUUACUAAUGUGAUGUCUGGAGUCUUGAUUCCGGAUUUCACUUUCAUUGCUUCUUUAUAUACAAAUUGGACCUUGUUCCUCCCAGAUGCCACGAGAGUAGCUUUGUAAAGUUGAUUUUUCUUUAUCUGUACUUACUUUCUGUCACUAACCAGAGUUUUCUUUUCUAAACCUUAUGGCCAGUUCUCUCAACCUCAAAUGAUCUUUAACAGAAGUGAGUCAUGAUUUCUGAAGUUUAUAUAUUCCAGAGCUGAAAUUCUCUUCGUUGCUAACAAUAAAAGGAUACAGAUGAA